AUGAGCUCGGCAGACUCCCGAGAGCAUAAGCGGCUUGCCAACUUUUUGGCUGGUGCACUGUCGGGGCUAACGACCACGUUGGCGCUUCAACCGCUAGAUGUCGUGAAGACGCGCAUGCAACAGACGAUGCUGUUCUCGAAGACCGUCGGGCUGCUGGACGAGAGCCGCGUUCGGUUCGAUCCGAACCGCGCCCAGCUGCGGAAGCCGCCUUUUCGCCCAGGCAAGGCCUGGCGAGCUGCCCGCAGUGUCGUUGAAGAAAACGGUUUACUGGGUCUUUGGCGGGGCACAACGCCUACAAUCCUGCGGAACAUGAUGGGCGUAGGCGUUUACUUUGUGACGCUAAACCAGCUCGCUACUCGCCUACGAGGCUCGGAUCCGGAGCUUGCCCCACAAUAUGCGCUCCUGGCCGGUGCAACUGCCCGCUCCGUUUCCGCGACGCUGCUUUGCCCGCUGACCGUCAUCAAGGCGCGAUUCGAAGCUGCCGGGCCGCGCGAGUACCGACAUGUGUUUGAUGCUCUCUACAAGAUCGGUCGCUACGAGGGUAUUCGGGGACUGUUCUCGGGGCUUUUGCCAACGGUUCUACGCGACGCCCCGUACUCGGCGCUUUAUGUAUUCAUUUACUUGCGAACUCGCGAUCGCGCCCAGGAACUCGCUCCCAAUGUGAACAGCAUGGUGAUUAGUUUCACUUCGGGGUUUGUUGGUGGCGGCCUCAGCACGCUUCUGACUCAACCACAAGACGUUGUGAAAACUCGAAUGCAGCUCGCUCGACAUGUCGAACUAGAGCGCGAUCAGUACGCAACGGUACGAAUGGCCAUUAGACGCAUCUGGCGCGAGGAAGGCAUGUUCGGGUUUUUCCGAGGAGCAUCGCCGCGAAUACUAAAACGUUGCCUGGGAUCCGCCAUUACGUGGAUGAUAUACGAAGAGGUCGUCGUGGUGAUCGACAGGUUGCUCGGGGCAGCGAUUCCGGCGCCGGGAACAUCGCCCGCUGCAUUAGGUACGAGUGCGGACACCAAGACACGGCAUGGUGGCACACGCCAGACUGCCGCUGCCGCCGCCGCCGUUGUUGGCUCGCCAGGUGCUUCGCAACGAUGA